AAAAAAACUCAGUAACAGAGAAAGAAAGGAAAAAAAAAAAAAAAAAAACGCGUCUAUCCCCGCUUCAUAUAUCCUUUUCCCUUCAAUUAGCAAAAUACGAUGACUACCAAAAAAGUAAAUUCGGAACCGAUAUCAAAAGAUAAAGAAGAAGAGAUGAGUUCAGCAUUGAUUGCUCAAUUAUUAGCGGAAGACGCAAUGAUGCAUGGCAAUGAUAGUUAUUAUGCUGAAUAUAGCAAUGAUGCGAGAGGUUAUGAUCGUUACCUUGCACGUGAAGAACAAGAUGAUAGCUAUGAAGAUAACUCAGAAGACGAAUUUAACCCUAAAAAAAAACAGACCAAAAAUAAUAAAUCAAAAAGGGGUAGAAAAAGAAAAGUACCUACAAAGGAGAAAGUAGUAGUGGUAUCAGAACCUGCUCCUCCUUCAGAAAACACUGCAGUAGAACAACAAAACGAAAAGGUCAUAAAUCAAGAAACAAAAAUCAAUAAUAAAAAGCCUAAAAAAGUUAUUCCAGAAGGAUACAAUACAGGUGCUUAUACAGAUUUAGAGGAGCAGCGGUUUAUUGAGGGCCUUGAAUUAUUUGGAAGAGACUGGACAAAGCUUCAAAGUCAUGUUGGUACACGAGAUGGUACAUCUAUUCGAAGUCAUGCACAAAAGCAUUUUAUUAAAAUGUACAGAGAUCAAAUUCCACUUCCACCAAAAGUAUUAGAAACAGGUUCAGGUUAUACUUUAUCUGGCAAGCCACUUGAUCCAAAUUCAUCUGCAGCUAAACCUUAUUUAAGUCGUAACAGUCAAUCAACACUAAAUAAUGUGAAAAAAGCACCAACAAAGACAUCAGUCGAAGAACCAGCAAAGGCAAAUACAAAAGAAGACCCUAUGGAAGAUGUUAAAGAAAAUAAUAUGACCGAUGUGAUAAUAAACAAAGUUGAAAAGCAAACUGAAGACUUACGUAUAACUGAUGAAAAAAAAGAAGUUCAAAAAAAGAAAAAAACAAAAUCAGUGACGCCUUCACCUUCAAGUUCAACAAAUACGUCUUAUGAUUCACAAGGUAGAACAAGUUACUCGAUAUCUCGCUUAAGAAGACAACGUGAUACUGGAUCAAUCAAUUAUGGUAUAUUUAAUAAGAAUGAUGAUCCUUUAACAAUGAUUAAAUGUGAACCCUUUAUUGGGAAACCAGGAUCAAAUAUAUCUGGAUCACAGCCUUUUGAAAUAACAGUUGAAUCAAACGUAUUAUUAGCAAUGGAUUUUCAUGCUCACUUGAUGACAACUGAGAUUAUUGGAUUCUUGGCUGGUGAUUGGGAUAUAGAAACCAAGCGUAUGAUCAUUCGUGAAGCCUUUCCUUGUAGAUCAAUUGAAACAGGUCAAAAUGAUGUAAAUGUAGAAAUGGAUCCUACAAGUGCAAUUGAGACACGUCAAAAGAUUGAAGAACGUAAAAUGAAGGUCGUUGGUUGGUAUCAUUCUCAUCCCACCUUUAUACCUGAUCCAAGCUUAGUUGAUAUAGAAAAUCAACGCAAUUAUCAAAUGUUAUGUCGCGAUGAUCAUGCUAAAGAUAAUGAAAAAGAAAUUAUGGAGCCCUUUGUAGGUGCUAUUGUUGGUCCAUAUGAUCCAGCUCUUCCAGGUUCAGCGAGUGUCAUUAAUUGGUUUCAUGUUAUUAAUGAAAGUAGCAAUCCUGUACCUAAACGUUUAAUAUAUGAAUUAAAAGAAAACGAAAGUAUGACUGAAGAUGAAACAAGCAGGCUGUUUGAAUUGUUAGAAAUUUAUAAAAAUUCACCUGAAAAAGUUGUGUUUGCUGAAUAUUGGCGACAGGAUGCUUCAGAAAGUAAAUUACAAAAAAUGAUUAAAAGUUUAGGCUCACGUAUGCCCUGGGUGCAAAAGCAGCUUAAAGAAAAUACUUCUGUAAAUGACUCCUUCUUGGAAAAAGUUCAAACCAAUUUAAAAGAUUGGUAGGCUGCAUAUAUUAAACUUUAAUGCAUUUUUUUUUUUUUUUUUUGACUGCCAU